AUGCCAGCGGCCAAUGAACAAACGCCAACCAUCUUGUGGUCGCAAAAAUUCGGCACGUGGUCCAAAUUCCGUGCUCUCAUUGGCCAAACAGAUAACUGGGCCAACCAAUCAGCGUUAAGAUACGCGCACACGCAGCCAAAAAACAAGGCUUCUUAUUGGUCGGUCGAUUAUAACCCACGAAAUGACGUAAUCUACUGGUCUGACGAAUCACAGCCCUCGUUUAUUUAUAGACAAGUUUCUAAAAAUAGCUUCCAAUGGCUUGACGAGGACCUAGAUAUUUAUAACUUGACACGUCAUCGUGUUUAUGUCAACGAGCUCGCCGUUGAUUGGAUGACGGGAAAUAUUUAUUUCAUUGACAAUUACAAUGAGGUCAUUUCCUUGUACAAAGAUCCGACUGUCAAGGUCAUUCACAUCGAUGACGUCACACAUCCGAUAGAGAUGUGCCUUGAUUCAACUAACGGUUUCAUGUUCUGGCUCGACACUAUCGCGAACGAAGGCCUGUACAAAAUCGAAAAAUCGAAUUUACUCGGCGGCAACCGAUCGAUCAUUAACACAUCACCGAUAUCGAGAAGAUUAUCGGCCAUCACUACUUACUUCAGCGGCAGAGGUGACGAUGGGAACGAUGAGGUCUUCAUCGUUUGGAUAGAGGAUGUCAGCAGGAGAGUGAUGUUUUCUGACGCAAAUGGCCGUGACGUCAGAGAGAUGUACCGUUUCGACGAGAAUAGAAUUUACAGAGGAAUCGGUGCUUUUCAGAAUAAUCUAUUUUUAGCCGAUCAAUCACGAUUGACGGUAGAGAUGAUUGACAUGAAAAGCGGCCAAUUAUUAAAUGCAAUCGAAAUUGACGCCCUGCCCACUGACCUAAUUGUGAUGCACACAUUAAACAAAGACAUAAAACACGAAUGCGACAAUAAAUUUUGCACCGAUUUCUGCCUAAACGUCGGCCAUUUAAAAGGGAGAUGUGCUUGCAGGGAUGGCUACUACUUGGCAUUGGACGGUGUAUCGUGCGAAGCCAGCCGAUCGAUUAUAAUAUUCGCUACCGACGAUAAUCUAAUGCUGGCCAUCCCCAAUACGAAUAUACCACAUCCAUACAUGUUCAAACUCAACCUGUCCAUCUCUCUGACGUCACUGGCCUCCAUAGACGAAACGCCGUUCGGCAUGGAUACAAGUUUUAAAGAUAGGCGAUUAUUUUGGACCGACACUUCAACUGGCUCGAUAUUCGUGAUAUCGGUGAAUCAAAACAAUAGUACUAGAAGAAGCGAUGGUGGAGAAGGGUUCGCCACGAAUUGGAUCGACGAGUCGGUAUACUGGAUGGAUAGUCGGAGCGGAUACUUGAUGACGUCAGAAUUUGACGGGUCGUACCAUUCCAUCGUUCAUGGGGGGUUCAAGUCUGGCAGGGGCCUCGUUGUUGAUCCAUAUCAAGGGAUUUUAUAUUGGAGCCAGUUAAAUCGAACAACGCAAAAACGACAGUUAUGUAAACUCCAGUUCAACAAUAAUAACAACAUCGAUAAUAAUAACAAUAGUUAUAAUAAUAACUAUAACAAUAAUUAUAAUAACAAUAAUAAUUAUUACAACCAUAAUUAUGACGUCAUUUGUUUUUUGACGUUGAAGCAGGAGACGAUUGAUGAUUUAGUGUUAGUUGUUCGUCAGCAAAGGUUAUUUUGGAGCGAUCCAUCAGCCAAUAAGAUUUGGUGGGUGGAGCUUAAGAGUGGACUCGUCCAAUCACUGGACUUGAAAUCUAACGUUAAUAGGUUCACUAUAAUCGAGGAUAUUAUCGUGCUCACGCAGACAACUCCCUCAUCAUCAUCAUCGGCAUCGUCAUCACCAGUUAAAUUCGUCAAAAUACCAUCAUCAUCAUCACUAUCAUCAUCAUCAUUCGUCCCCGAAAUAUCUGGAUCGUUGGAAAACCGUCGGUUAAAUAUGUCGAAUAAAAGCGGUGCCGUGACGAUGUUCGGUAAUUACUUACAACCGAUCAAUGACGAGCACACGCCGUGUGUAACCAACGAUCAUAAAUGCGAUCAACUUUGCGUCACCAUUACGAACGGCUAUACGUGUAGAUGUGCUAUUGGCUACAUAAAGACCGGGAAUAAAUGCGAAACAGAUAUAUUACAAGAGCCAGCCAUCUAUUUCUUAGAUACGUUCCAUAAACAAAUAUAUCAGAUAACUGUGUCAUCAUCAUCACCACCACCAUCGUCAUCAUCAUCGUCGUCAUCGUUAUCAUCACCAUUGACUUCAUCAUUGUCGCUGAGUAGCAACAACAACAACAUCAACAACAACAUCAACAACAACAACAUCAACAGCAAUAACAACAACAGCAUCAACAACAACAGCAACAUCAACAACAUCAACAACAUCAACAACAACAACGGUGAUGAUGGUGAUGAUAGGGGCAACAUCUUCAACAAGCUCUCCACCAUCCACAGCUUUCCCCAUUCUUCACUCAUUCACCCAACCCAGUUUCAAGUCGAUGACAUCAGAGGAGUCAUUUAUAUCCUGGAUCUAGGUCAAAUUAAAGCAUUCCGAUUGGCUGACAGAAAAAUGGAACUCAUCGAUUUAACCAAUACGAAAGAAGGGUCAAAUAUGCAAAUUAGUCAGAUCGGCCUUGACAUUGGGGCUAAUGAAUUAUUCAUGACUGACGUCAUAGCCGGUAAACUAAUGGUGCUAUAUUUAGCAAACCGUACCGUUGAUGUUGUCAUGGACAAACUUGAUCACCCCUUCGCAGUUCAAGUGGACUCUUCCAACAGGAUGUUGUAUUGGACAGAAAGUGGAAAACUUAAACGAAUAACAUUACGAUCGCUAGCGACAGCAGGGACAACAGCAGCAGCUGAAGCGUCGUCUUCAUCGUCAAAAUAUGACGUCACAGUUUGGAAUUGCUGUUCUAAUAUAACGUCCAUAUUUUUAAAAGAUGAUGUUGUCUACUUGGCAGACAUUGAAGGCCACAGUAUCGUCCUAAUCAACACGUCAAUCAGCAAUAACAAUAGCAAUAAUAACAAUUAUAAUAAUGAUAAUAAUAAUAAUUAUAAUAAUAACAAUAACAAUAGUAAUAAUAAUAAUGAUAAUAAUAAUAAUAAUAACGAUAAUAAUAAUAAUAAUACGAGUUUCGGAACCUUUUACUUCUUAAAUGGUACCAAAUUUAACAGCAUCACAUCGGACGGAAUAUACAUCUACUUUGCCGCCUCUAAUAAAAGGUUAUGA